AUGCCAUUUGUUCUAGUUCAUACUUCAGCAGAGUCGCUGCAUCUGGCGACAACGCUGGCUCUGGACUUCCGGGUGUCAAAGAAGGCUCGAGACAUCGCGUUCAGAGAUGUUGUGCAACUGGCACGUCAAAAGAACUCUCCAUGGGUAAUUAGAGGAUGGACCUUCCAAGAAUGGUUAUUGUGCUCAAGAUACCUCUUCCUCCUUGUGUCGCAAGUCAUCUUCUCCUACCGCUAUGCAACAUUUCGGGAAGACAUCAUCACCCAGGGUGUUACCCCGCGAAUGAACACCCUCAACCAUGUCGACUCCAGCUAUCUCUGUACUGACUACGAACUGUGGCCACACCGUCGCUUCAUGCUCCACCGCGAUCUGCACGGCGGCCUCGGUGAUAUCCUAAUGACGAUCAUACGCGAGUUUCUGGAAGGAAAGUUGACCUACAACAACGACGUGCUGAACGCUUUCCAAGCUAUGCUGCGCGACUUUGCGCGUCUCACACAGUCUGAGGCGGACGUGGGCACGAUAGUCCGAAUGCUAGAUUGGGCCACCUUGUUCGACGCCAGCAGCUAUAGAAGAGAGCAUUUCCCGAGCUAG